UUACAUACUGGGAAACAUGUGAUCUAUGUUCCGGUUAGGAUGUGAGUCACAGCAUCCGAGGCAGUGUAUCAGGCAGACGGUGUUAUACAGUAUAUCUGACAGCGCAGAGGACGGCAGCUGACAGAGCGGACCUGGUCCCUGUAACAGGCGGAGCACAGAGCGACAUCUGGUGGACGAUAUUCAAGACUUCUUCACUGCUGCAUUACUGAGCUUGUUGAGGAUGAGGGCGUGUACGGGCGUUGUGGUGGGCGUGCUGGCGUUGCUUAUGGUCCUGUCUCAAGUGACUGGCCAAAAUACGGAAAGUAUAGUCACCCUCGUCCUACAGAAGCUGGGCGGGUUGUGGCAUAAUGGCGAGGUGGACUUCAUGGGCCACUCCUGUAUGUACAACUACCGACCAACCAUCUCCAGGUGGAAGCUCUACUACAAGGGCAAAAUGUGGUGUCCUGGCUGGGCCCCCUUCUCUGGCAGGUCCCGGAAGAAGAGCAGGUCAGGCGCCAUUGAACACGCCACACGGGACUUUGUGCAGAAGGCUCUGGACAGCGGCCUGAUCACCAAAGAGGACGCGUCUGCUUGGAUCUCACAAUAAAGAGUCGCUCCUAGCUCUUGACGUCACAAAUAUUGUUUACUCUAGUCUCUGUGAUGUUCAUUUGUUCUUUUUGAAACUAAUGACCAUUCAAUCUUAACCUUUGAGAACGAUGUCUUAACACCUUGCUUACUAUGACUUAACCCCUUAAGUAUGACACAUCAACCCCUUGAGCACAUAUCCACUGCAAAACAGAUUUAAUUAAAAGAAGGUUUGGUUGUAUAAUACUAAACGACUGUAUCUUGUGAUGAUUGUAUAGCAUUAUAUGAGUUGCCUUCAUGAACAACACACGUGGACGCCUCAGCACUGUCAAUAUUUUUAUUUUUUAUUUUGUCUCUGAUUAAUUUCUGAUUAGAUUCACUGUUUCAAUUCAGUUUCAAUUCCAUCACAAUAUGUUAAGUUAAUUUAAUCAUUAACAAAGAAUAUCUACUUGUAUUUUGUAUUCUUCCUUUCACCUUUGUUAAGAAUAGGCAAAUGAGAUGUGCAAGGUGUAUGUACUUGGUGAUUGGAUUCAUAUUCUUAGUGUAUCAAUUUACACCACACACACACUAGCUUACGUGACCAACAGGGUAAAAACCCGUCGCUGCCAUCCAUUACAACUGACAUUGUUUCUUCACUUUAUAUUUGUUUUCCUUUUUAUAAUGAAAAUAUUUGUUCAACAACCACCCUCCCCCCAUGUCACUGCAUAAGUUACUUCUGCCCAUUAUAUUGUUAGUCUAGUUGGUGCUGUAGCCUUACAAUAAACAGUUUAUUAUUAUUA